AUGGCAGUAACUUCAAAGCAAGCAGAUUAUUCGGGUGCCAUUGAUGACGACGAUAAAGUCGAUGAUUUCACACAUGAUCUUGAACAAAUAGGCCGAUUAUCGUUUCUUGAAAAUAUCAACCUACUCAGCCUACCUAGUCUACCUAGUUUAUCCAAUCUUCCUAAUCUUUCCAACCUACCCAACUUGCCAAACCUUGACAAAUUUGACACCGGUUAUUCUGACGUGCUAGAUUCCUUGACUGCUCUUAUACACCAGGCGGUAACACUACCUGAUGACACUAGUGAUGCCGAAGAUAAUGAACUGUUAAAAGAUGAUAAUGGUGAUGAUGCAAUAGCAACUGGUAACGAUUCAGAAAGUGGUUUAGGGUUAGAUGUCACUAUGCUCACUGAGAUGAUAGCUCGAGGACAAGCUAAUAUAGCCAGUCUAAUCAAGCAGAUAACGACCCUGAGAAAAGAAGAUGAAGAAUCUGUUGUAAAUGAAUCUAUUGAAGAAAAUGAACUACCAAACCGUGAUAUUGAAAUAGAGUCUUUAGGUGAGGAGGAAGUUCGGCGCUUGACAGAGUUAGAUACAAUUGAAGACUUCAAAAGAGAAGAAAUUCUUCGGGCUAGAAUUAAAUCAAUACAGAGCUUGGAUAUCAAUCAAGAGUCCAAAAACAAGUUGGUGACAAGAUUAAUGAUGGGUAAUUACUACAAAUACAUUAGUGCACAACUUAAAGAAGAAAAAGAGAAAUUAUCUCAAUUAGGGUUUCAAAAGCAAGUGACGGAUGAAGAGUCAAGGUAUUUCAGUGAUGGAACCGAAAGGACCACGGAGGGGGUUCAAAGUAUCGAUACCCAUAUAAACGAAGCUGACGACGAUGAGGAUGUAUUUACUGACGACGAUGAGGUGGUGAUUUCCGAAGAGGAUCAAAUGCCAUCGUACUUUGAUAGUGCUAAAGGCAUACUUGGAUGUCGGCACUACCAACACAAUUGUAAGUUGGAGUGUCCCACUUGUCAUAAAUGGUUUUGUUGUCCAUCUUGUCACGACGAGGUAAUCAAAGACCACAAAAUGGUGCGUAAUAAAGUGAAACAUAUCUUGUGUAUGCAUUGCCAAACGCCACAAGUGCCUGAUAAUAACUACUGCAUCAACUGUGAACAAGAGUUGGCCAAUUAUUUUUGCAACAAGUGUAUUCUUUAUGAUGAUGAUGUCAACAAGGAUAUUUAUCAUUGUGACAAGUGUGGUAUAUGUCGAUUGGGUCUUGGGUUAGAUAAAGAUUAUUUCCAUUGUGAUGUGUGCAAUAUUUGUCUUUCAAUUGAUUUAAAAGAUAAACACAAGUGUGUGUCUAAUACUACGCAUUGCAAUUGUGCCAUUUGCCAUGAAUACUUAUUCACGUCAGUGGAAAAAGUUGUGUUUAUGAAAUGUGGCCAUUCUAUUCAUCAGCAUUGUUUUAAAGAGUUGACCAAACAUUCAUAUAAAUGUCCAUUGUGCAAAAAGACAAUCAUCAAUGUUGACCAACAAUUUCGUAUAUUGGCACAGGAAAUCGACCAAAGUCCAAUGCCGCAUCCGUAUAAUGAGUGGCGGUGCAUCAUUAGUUGCAACGAUUGCAAAGGUAAAUCAAAUGUGGCGUAUCAUGUGCUUGGGUUAAAGUGCAAGUAUUGCAAAAGUUUCAAUACUAAUCAGUUGCAAUUGAGAAAACCAGGUGAAGAAGUAGUGGAAUUGGGUGCGGGGGGUGGGGGUGGGGGUGAUGUCGAGCAUGAGCAUGAACAUGAGCAUGAGCAUGAACAUAUUGUUGAUUUUGAUGCAAACAUCAUGAGAUUAGUUCAAACUAAUCUAGAGAAUAAUUUUGCAAUCGAUUUACAGCAGUAG